GUAAAAAAACCACUAAAUUAAACAAUCUAUUUUGAAAGGAUUUGAAAAAAUGAUGAUAUUUUAAAGCAAUGAAUACCUAUUUUCAUGAUCCACCCCUCCAGCUGAUGAAAUGGUAACUGCGGUGAGGUAGUGUAAUGGCAGAGGUGUAAGUGAAAGAGAUCAAGCUUGUGACAGCAGAUGAACUUUACUUUUUAAAAUAUAUUCAGUGACAUUGGCCAAAGCUCUAACGCAUAAGCCAUACAAUGUCCCUGAAACCGAGGGUGGUGGACUUUGACGAAACAUGGAACAAACUCCUGACCACAAUCAAAGCAGUAGUGAUGUUGGAUUAUGUGGAGAGAGCAACAUGGAACGAUCGCUUCUCUGACAUUUACGCAUUGUGUGUGGCAUAUCCAGAGCCUCUGGGUGAAAGGUUGUACACAGAAACAAAAAUAUUUCUGGAAAAUCAUGUUCAACAUUUAUAUAAGAAAGUACUGGAAUCAGAAGAGAAGGUAUUGGGGAUGUACCACAGAUACUGGGAGGAGUACAGUAAAGGGGCAGACUACAUGGACUGCUUAUACAGGUACCUCAACACACAGUUCAUCAAGAAAAACAAACUGACUGAAGCUGACCUGCAGUAUGGCUAUGGUGGGGUGGACAUGAAUGAACCACUAAUGGAAAUAGGAGAGCUAGCGCUUGACAUGUGGAGGAAACUGAUGAUUGAGCCUCUGCAGUCCAUUCUGAUCCGAAUGCUACUAAAAGAAAUCAAAAAUGACCGGUGUGGUGAGGACCCAAAUCAAAAAGUAAUCCAUGGGGUUAUCAACUCCUUUGUUCAUGUUGAACAGUACAAGAAAAAGUUUCCCCUUAAGUUUUAUCAGGAAAUAUUUGAAGGCCCUUUUCUGGCUGAAACAGGAGAGUAUUACAAACAGGAAGCAUCCAAUUUACUGCAAGAGUCAAACUGCUCGCAAUAUAUGGAAAAGGUUUUAGCCAGGUUAAAAGACGAAGAGGUUCGAUGUCGGAAAUACCUACACCCCAGCUCGUAUGCCAAAGUGAUUCACGAAUGCCAGCAGAGAAUGGUGGCAGACCACUUGCAGUUCCUACACGGGGAAUGUCAAGAUAUCAUCCGACAGGAAAAGAGAGAUGACAUGGCCAACAUGUACACGCUACUGCGGGCUGUCUCCAGUGGGUUACCUCACAUGAUUCAAGAGCUACAGAACCAUAUCCAUGAUGAGGGCCUAAGAGCAACCAGCAACCUGUCUCAGGAAAAUAUGCCAACACAUUUUGUGGAGUCUGUGUUAGAGGUUCAUAGUAAAUUUGUUCAGCUCAUCAACACUGUCCUGAAUGGCGACCAGCACUUUAUGAGCGCACUUGAUAAGGCUUUGACUUCAGUUGUAAACUACAGAGAGCCGAAGUCCAUUUGCAAGGCCCCUGAACUGCUUGCAAAGUACUGUGACAAUCUGCUAAAGAAGUCUGCAAAGGGAAUGACAGAGAAUGAGGUGGAGGACAAGCUGACAAGCUUCAUCACUGUAUUUAAAUACAUAGAUGAUAAAGAUGUGUUUCAGAAGUUUUAUGCAAGAAUGCUAGCAAAGAGAUUAAUACAUGGCCUGUCAUUGUCUAUGGAUUCAGAAGAAGCCAUGAUCAACAAACUAAAGCAAGCUUGUGGGUACGAGUUUACCAGCAAGCUCCAUCGCAUGUACACAGACAUGAGCGUCAGUGCUGACCUGAACAACAAAUUUAACAACUUUGUUAAAACCCAGGAAACUGUCGUUGACCUUGGAAUAAGUUUUCAGAUCUACGUACUACAGGCAGGGGCGUGGCCUUUAACGCACGUUCCAUCCUCCACAUUUGCCAUUCCUCAGGAGCUGGAAAAGAGUGUACAGAUGUUUGAAUUAUUUUACAACCAGCACUUCAGUGGGAGGAAGCUAACAUGGCUGCACUACCUUUGUACAGGUGAGGUCAAAAUGAACUAUCUCUCCAAGCCCUACGUUGCGAUGGUUACUACCUACCAAAUGGCAGUACUUCUGGCUUUCAAUAACAGCGAGACAGUUAGUUACAAGGAGCUCCAGGACAGCACGCAGAUGAAUGAGAAAGAACUAACAAAAACCAUCAAGUCCUUGCUGGAUGUUAAAAUGAUUAACCACGAUUCUGAAAAGGAAGAGGUAGAAGCAGAGUCUACAUUUUCAUUAAAUAUGACUUUCACCAGUAAACGAACCAAGUUUAAAAUUACAACAUCGAUGCAGAAGGACACCCCGCAGGAGAUAGAGCAGACUCGGAGUGCCGUGGACGAGGAUAGGAAGAUGUAUUUACAAGCUGCUAUAGUCCGUAUCAUGAAAGCACGCAAAGUUCUGAGACAUAAUGCACUAAUACAGGAGGUCAUUAACCAAUCAAAAGCCAGAUUUAACCCAAGUAUCAGCAUGAUUAAGAAGUGCAUCGAAGUGCUGAUCGACAAGCAGUAUAUUGAAAGAAGCCAGAGCUCAUCAGAUGAGUACAGCUACGUAGCAUGAUGUUGAGAGUCCUGUAUGCUUACAACAGACCGGAGACUCAUUUGUGUUCCUGUGGGAUGAAGCAGAACUGUGCCUCCAUCUAGGGAUCUUCACUGAGUCGUCUGGCAGCCCCCCUUUCCUCCACCCAAUUUUCUGCUGUUUACAACAUCACCAGUGCCACGCCGUGUGCGUCAAUAAAAAUGCCUGUAGUUAUUUGAGCGCAAGCUGAUAUUACAUUUCUAGUCUACUAAACAAAAACAAAAGUGAGUGAACUACAACAAUACUGAAAUGUGGAAGAUUUAGAUGGAAACCAUGCUUUUUUUCUCACGUUUGCAGUUGUGUUUUUUUAUGUAUCUUGAAGUUUAAAAGAAAAAAAACUAAAUAUUGUAAUAAAACUGCUAUACUGGUAAUUGUAUCUACUUUCAAAUGUAAAACAAAAACUAUGAGGUGACAAGUAUGAACCUGUUGCUUGUCAAAUAAAAAAACAGUACAACCCCAGA